GGAAAAUCUAAAGUUUAGAGGUGAGCAGGGAGAAACAUACGUCUUUAAACACUGCCUUUGAGGCCAUCACUCACUUUCCUUGGCAUGGAGCGAUUACGCGUAACCAUUCAGAUAUUGCACUGAUAACUGUCCAAAUGCCUCGGUUUACACUAUCUGUGAACGGUAAAGUUGAUCCUCGCUAUCUGUGUUCGCUGUGCAACAACAUCCUCAAAGAUCCUGUCCAGACAGGCUGUGGCCAUGUUUAUUGCAACUCCUGCAUUACAGAUCUCAAACGGGUUGAUGGGGACUUCAUCUGCGUUGUUGACAAAUCGCUAUUCUCAGCGGAUCAGAUAUUCCCGGACAACUUUAUGAAACGCGAAGUUCUCUCUCUAGUCGUGGAGUGUCCAAAUUCACCUGAUGGCUGUAAAUGGAAAGGAGAAGUAAGACACAUUGAGAAACACCGUUCGUCCUGCGCUGAAGAAAAAGAAAACUGUUCCAAUUCCAACUGCCACGAACGCGUGAAAAGAUCCGAACUACAUCGACAUCAGGCACAUGAGUGUCCCUAUCGUAUCCUACUUUGCCCUUCGUGUGGUGACUCUAUGACUCCUGCUGUCCUUAAGACUCAUCAAGCACAGUAUUGCAAGAUGUCUCCUGUAAAAUGUCGUGGCUGUGGCAAAGAAGGAAUUCUGCGCGGAGAGAUGGAAAACCAUGUUAAUCCUAUCCAUGGUGACUGUGAAGCGGUCGAGAGGACCUGUGCAUUUCAUCAGAUUGGUUGCGGUGAAAGAGAGAAAAUGAAGCUAUCCGAGGCCAAGAAACAUAAUGAGCUGAGUGCGACCUUCCAUAUCAAUCUACUGCUGACGUAUGUCCUUCGGCUGGAGGAGCAAGUGAAGAGUCAGUUCUCUAUGGGUGGCGCAUGGGGUGUAGACACCUCUGAUCAGUGGAUGAGGCGAUCCGAGAUGACCAUCACUAACGCCAUAUCUAGCAUCGACACAGUGGUACGCGAGCAAACCGAUUUGCGAAAAAAGCUAGAAAAUAAUUCUAGGAGAUUGGUUUCGAUUGAAAAAAGAGUUUCAACCCAUAGAGACCAGUUACCACAAUCGGCAACUUUCUCUUCGUUACAACCACAUCCCAUGUCGGACGAGAUUUCCCGACGUCUCACAAACGCUGAAAAUAGCACCAAUAACAUCGAGUUCUUGGUAAACGAAACAAGGCGAGAGUUGACCGAAGUGAGACAAGAAGUAUUGUCCGUUAAACGCCAAAUAGAUGGUGCAAUGGACAGUAUUAGACGACUAGAACGAAGAAUGGAGUCUGUGGAACACAAUUUGACGCUCAGAAAUGUUGUUUUAUCGGACAUCGAAGAACACGUCCAACAGCAGCAAGUCUCUACAUAUAAUGGGAUCUUACUCUGGAAAAUAUCAGAUUUUGUACGCAAAAGAAAUGAUGCGAUAAAUGGGCGACAGGUGUCAAUGUAUAGCCCGUGCUUUUACACCAGUCAGCAUGGUUACAAAAUGUGUGCACGACUUUACUUGAAUGGCGACGGAAUGGGUAAAGGAACCCAUCUUUCGCUGUUCUUUGUUGUCAUGCGUGGAGACUACGAUGCGUUACUCCGCUGGCCAUUCAGACAGAAGGUGACCUUCAUGUUGUUGGAUCAGGAUAACGUAGAGCACGUGGUCGAUGCUUUCAGACCCGAUCCAAACAGCUCAUCUUUCCAAAGGCCACGAAGGGAAUCAAACAUCGCUAGUGGGUGUCCAAUGUUUUGNUCGGAGUUAAAUAACCACGCCUAUGUAAGGGACGAUGUUAUGUUCCUGAAGGUUAUUGUGGAUACUACAGAUCUCUAAAGUUGCCUGGACUUUGAGUAAGGUUUAGAUAUCUAAGAAAUCUCCAUUAAAUACAAAUACAUUAGCCCUCUUUUGACAUUCUACAGAGCCUUUUAAUAAACUGAAACAUAUAAUUCUGUUGUAGUGCAUUAAUACUCUUCGACAAGGUUUCCGUCAAGACUAGGUCGUAUUUGAUACGCCAUCAACAGUGCGAGAUUCGCAUUUGUACAUCGCCUUUAGAAGUUAAACCAACAUUUUACUGAUCACAGAUUUUACGAACCAUUUACCGAGCUAUGCUGCAGCGAUAGAAAACAGCAGAAGGCAAGAAAAAUACAAUUCAUGGGCUUUAAGUGACCCUGCGUUAUGAAGAUAAUUGCUGUUUUGAAGCACCAGGCAAUUUAGGGGUUAUCUAGAAUAAUUGGAAAAUAUUCUAUAUUCUACAGCAUUUUUGCAUAACCAAGGGUGGCUGACCUUACUUAAAGUAUUCGCCAGUAAUUCUAGUAGACCCUUAGGGCCUGAUUAAAUGAGCCGGGCUGGCCCUGUUAGCCGGACUGAUUUCUUUUGUUUUGUUG